AUCUGUGUAGGAGUAAGCAGCCUGGCAACAUAUGAGUUAACAAGGCAGCACGUGUUAACUUUAGCUGAGUAAUGCACCUAGUUAAAGUUUUCAAUGCAGCUGCAAUUCAGAGUGAGAGAAAGAGAAAAAAGCAAGCUCUGGAGCUGGUAUUUCUUGAGAUGGACUCAUUUUAAAGAGGGUCAUGAAUGCAAGCAUUAUUUGAAGAUGGAUGGAUCACCCUGCAAUACUUCCAAGAAGCGUAUUGUCUUACUGUGAUCAACUCAAUUGGGAUGGAAGGAACAAGAAUACAGUAACUCUUAGAGUUUACAAUUACCAGUAUGCUGCAUGGGACAUUCCUGAACAAACCAACUCUUUCCAACCAUGUGAACUUUUCUAGAUCAUCCUGAGGCUGGAGUUUUUCACUGAGUAGAACAUCAAUAUCAUCAUGGACAAUUUAUCUUUAUCCGACAUGCUAGAGUGUCCAGUGUGCCUGGAAAAGCUGGAUGCCUCCGCUAAGGUGCUUCCGUGCCAGCACACCUUCUGUAAGCCUUGUCUCCAGAGAAUUUUGAAAUCACACAAGGAGCUGAGAUGCCCUGAAUGUCGAACCCUUGUACUCAGCAAUAUUGAAGAACUGCCUUCCAACCUAUUUUUGAUACGUUUAUUGGAUGGAAUCCGGUUUGGAACAAGCAUGAUGAAGUAUGGCUCACUCCAACGAUCCUCAGCCUUCUCCUCUCCUGCCUCUAUCAGGAAAAUGGGGGGAGGGCCAAAAAACCUAGAGCUCGAUCAAUAUCGGAUGACUUCCAGUCCCAGGAUUCCUUUGGAAGAGGUUCCCCGGGCUAAAGCCUUAUACAGCUACAGAGGACAAAAUCCUGGAGAACUGAGAUUCAACAAAGGAGACAUCAUUACACUGUACCGUCAGCUGGAUGAAAACUGGUAUCUAGGAGAAAUCAAUAGGGUCAGCGGAGUUUUUCCAACAAACACUGUGCAAAUUAUCAAACAGUUGCCGCAGCCACCACCAUUGUGUCGAGCACUAUAUAAUUUUAAUCUGAAGUCCAAGAAUAAAAAUGAAAAACCAGAUUGCCUGUCUUUUCAUAAGGGUGAUAUAAUCACUAUGAUCAGUCGAAUGGAUGAGAAUUGGGCAGAAGGAAAGUUGGGUGACAGAACAGGAAUUUUUCCUAUCUUGUUUGUGGAGCCAAAUACAACAGCCCAGCAACUUCUUCAGAGGAGUAAAAGUUACCAGUCUUCUCCCCAGAAAUGUGCUUCACCUUUACAAAGGUUCUUACCUAGAUCCAAAGGUGCAGAGUCACCCACUUUCUGCAAAGGAUCUGAAUCUAGAAGGAAGACCAUGAGACAGUUCUCUAUUACAACUGCCCUAAACACCCUCAACAGGAUGGUCCAUUCACCUACAGGAAGGCAGACUUUGGAUAUCAGUUCUCCUGUGCUCAUCAGUUCUAGCAACCCUUGCGUGACUGCAAAGCACCAAGAGAAAUUAGAAGCCCCAUAUAAUACACCAGACCAGGUCAGCCCUUUCUGUUACCUAGAACCUGAAUCCAUGGGGCAUUCUACGGCCAUUGUCAGUCUUCCCCACUUACAGCAACAUCUAUCUUUGAAUAUGUCCGUCGCUUUGCACUCCUAUACAGCUCACAGCCCGGAUGAACUCAACCUGCAAAAAGGAGAAGGCAUUCGUGUUUUGGGGAAAUACCGUGAAGGUUGGCUAAAAGGAAUGUCACUGAUCACAGGAAAAGUCGGAGUCUUCCCCAGCAAUUAUGUUGCUCCAUUUUUCAGAAAAUCCUCUGGCUUCUCUGAUUCAAAGAUGCCCUCCCUUUAUGCAACUUGGACAUUAUCCACUUCCUCACUUUCAUCCCAGGGAAGCAUCUCAGGGAACCGUCCAGGGCAAAGCAGACCUUUGAAAUCUCUGACUUCACCUGUGAGGAAUCUCUCUUUGCCCAGUGCUUCAGGGCACACAGCAUCAAUGAGAAGAGGACGGAGUAGCAAUAAGAAGAGUGGAUCUUUACAGAAACCUUUGCAACCAGGAGCCCUUAUUCCUUUAACCAACUCUCUCCAGCGACAUCCUCCAACUCCAGCACGAUCUCAGCAAACUCCAAUAUAUCAAUCUAUUUCCUCUUUGCCCCGAGGAGUUGGCCUGGGUGACACAGGAAUCAAACUGAGCGCCUGUCAUAAUUCUUCCUUAGUGCUAUUGCCCCGAAGCGGAAGCAGCAGAGCUCCUUCUGUGUGUAGCUCGGUCAUUUUGGAUACCAGUGAAGUCUCAAAGAACGAACUAGCUGGGAAACCACCUGCAUCUGCUCCACCUUCCAUUCUGGUGAAACCAGACACUUUGAAAAACACCACUGAGAAGCAAGUGAAAACAGUGCGAUUUCAGAACUACAGCCCACCACCAUCCAAGAGACAUAAUUCUGUAUCUUCAUUGAACCUCUCCAAUGGCAAGCCUGAACAAGGAGUGAUUACAGAAGCAAUACAACCAGAAUCAAACAUCAAGAGCCCUGAAAUAUCAUCUUUGUAUUCCCAUCGCAUUAUCUCUAGUUCACUUCAUCAGAAGAGAAUGUCACAUCACAAGACCUCGCCAUUGGACCUUUCUAGCCCAACUGGUCACCCAACUUUUCCUACAAAAAAGAAUUAUAGUGGCAUCUCUGAGAAUUGAGAAAUUUAACCUUAUUUAAUUGGCUUUGUUUUGGACUUGCGUUAUUUACUCAUUGUUUGUAAGGAUCAGCAACCAGAUGGGAGAUUGGUUCUAGGUCCAACCUGCUACCUUUUAAAAUGUUUAAAUUUUACUAACGGACUCAGCCUCUUUAGAAAUCUAGAAUCUCACCGAUGAUUACAAGAUUUCACUAACAAUAUGGGAAGUUCUUGUUUUCUGUGGCUCAGAAGUAAACCUCAUGCUGCAUGAGCCUGCAAUGUUCUUCAGAUGAAAAAACCUAUCCCAACUGUAGUGUCAAUUCUAUUAUCACUGUUAGUUCUAAAAAUAAUAAUAAUAAUAAAGGACUAGGAGCAUGGAGCCGAUUCAAAAUCCAUAUUGCUCUAAGUUCAAAACCUCUACAAUUCAUUUGUAAACAAGAACAAAGAGAGUUUUGUUUCACUUUGCUUCAUUUUGUUUCAUAUUCUAACCAGUUUUAAGCAUGGUUUAGCCACCAUCCUUUCCUUGCUACUUUUGAAACUGAGCUAUCACAUCUUUCUUAUACCUUAACGUUUCCAUUUGCACUUUCCAUUUAUGUCAGAAUUCAGAAUGCUUAUUUUUUUAGAAAUUAAAAAUCAUCCUCAGCUUCAGAAACAUUAUCUCCAAGGGAGGUA